GAGCAUUUAGCUUUAAAUUGCCCAAACCAAGAUAAAGAUAUUAUAGAUUUUUACACUCAAGUUGUUGCUAAUCGACAAGGUCAAAGUCAAGCAUUAUCUCAAGAGAUUAUACCUGGUACUAAUUUAAGCAAAAGAAAACGCAAGCUUACAAGUGGUCAAACAUUAUUAUCUAAAUUUUUAGAAAAAUUGCGACCUGGUUAUCAACCUCCAUCGAAACAAUUAUUUGCUAGACGAUUAUUAAAUGCAGAAAUAAUUAAAGUUAAUCAAAGUAUUAUGAAUAUUUUAGAAAAAGCAAGCAAUUUGACUCUUGCUGGAAUUGCAGGCCACUUAUGGAUUAAAAUGAAGUCUAAUACUAAAAAGGGUGGUCUAGAAAUGUUAAAAGCACAAUUACACCAAUAUGCUUGCAAUGAGGAGCCUUAUAAUGGAUCUUAUGUAUCAACUAUUGAUAGUCCAGUUCGAUGGUGGAAAACUACUGGAGAUGGGAUUGAAACCAAACCAGAAAGAGAACUACAAACUGUUUUUCAAGAUAUUGAUUUAUUCUCUGAAGUUAAUGAAGAGAAUAAUGAUAAUUUAGAUAAUUUAAGCGAAUUUACAAAUUUUUCUGAUCCUGAAAUUGAACACCAAGACUUAGCACUCGAAAAUUUUAUAGAAUUAAAUAAGGUAGAGCCAGAUGCUGAUAAUGAGAACAUAGAUAGAAAUAAUGAAGAACUUGAUGAAGAAGAAUUCGUUAGUGAAGAAUUUGAUGAAAACAAAUUUGGUGCAGAGGUUGAAGAAUUAGUGUAUAGUAUACAAUAG